CACGCCCAGAGGGCCCUCGACAUGAUCCCUUCAUGCUUUGGGCCACGUGUCGAUUUGUUUCACUUUUCAUCUUGCCGUCUCGGAAGCAACUCCAAGUCUCGAAGAAGUCUCCAGCACAAUGCCGAUCCAGGUCCCCGGAUAUCACACCAACACCCCGCUGCACCCGUCGUUCGACGAGGACAUCCGUGACCUUCACCUGCUGUACGACUACGACGCCGAGGGCGCCGAUGGCAAGCCUGAGAAGUGGCGCUACGAGAUGUGGUUCUUCUCGGAGAACCGUAUCGUGUACUCGAUCCACGGCGGUCCCAUGGCCGGACGUCUCAACUAUCAGACCGUCGCCUUCCAGUGCAUCCGCCCGGGUGAGCUGUGGCAAUGCAACUGGCUGGAGGAGACCGGCACCAUCGUGUCGCUCGUGUACGACAUCAAGAAUGCUAAGAUCACCACCAUGAUCGGCUUCUCUAAGGGCCACUGGGAGAACCCCGACGACGCACACGGCGACAAGCGCAACCCUGAGGACUAUGCUCGUUGGCGCAAGCUGGCUGAGCACGGAAACAACCGUGACCGCCUCAUCCUGAGCGAGCAGGCCACCAUCCUCGAGACGUUCAAGGGCGCCGGCAACCUCGUGCCGAUCGCCCCCGACGCUGAGACCCUCUAAGUGUGUUGGUCAAGCAGGCGUUAGGGACAUCUAUCCGUGUUAAGACUCUGCGUUGAGGUUAGACCACCUGCUCGCUGCUAACAAACAGUAAAUAAACCCCCGAUCUUGCGCGUAUA